AUGGCUGAAGAAGGACUGCUUAGUGAAGUUUCCACCGAUAUUUUGCUCACAGAAAACAAAGAACUUGGCCUUAGCGGAGUUUUGUUUGUUGAAAAUGUUGUAACCUUUUGCAAGAAGGAGCGCAUUAAUAUCCCGACGUUAUAUACGUUGUGCCAAGUUCUUCAAAGCCGUUUUGUGAGUAUGCGAAAGAAUAUGGAGAGCACGAUCAAUCUGUUCUUAUUAAAUAUCACAAAGAUGAAGGAGGAGAUCAACGUUCUGGAACUGUUGAUCCAGAAGAAAGAAGCUGCGGAGGAGACCAAGAAUUUCUUCAACCUCGCUUCCUUGCUGUUUGUUGAGUCUCGCAUUCCUCCCCAAGACAAGUGCUACGUGAAACUCAGUCCUACUGUGAUCGUGGAGAUGACGUUGGAGGAAGCCUUGAAGUUCUCUCAAGAUAAGUUGGCUGCAUUGACAAAGAACGAGGAGAAGAUUCGCCAGCAAUACAACUACUACAGAGACCAGGAGACGAUUUUGACAUUGAAUAUGAAUCGUUGUUACGCCUAUAUUCAGAGUGAUUUGAACAAGUCAAAGUGA